AUGAACAGAGUAGAAUAUAGUAUGAACAAUGACCAAACUAGUGAGAGACAGAGUGUGAAUUACCAGUACCACUGUCAGCAGACUUCGGGAUCCUCAGUGCGAGACGGCAUGCAAUAUGAUCCCGUUCAUGAAUCUAGAGAGUGGUUUCAAGGUACUCUGAAUGCGCCGAACCGAAACCUAUACACGUCACAGUCAAGUAUAUCAUUCGGACAACCACAAUCAUCAAUUCCAAUUCCAAUUCCAAUUCAAAAUUCAUCGUAUCAAUUAUAUCAAGAAGAACUGCGUCCAAACUAUCACUCGCAGGAUCCAAGUUAUGCUCAUCAGAUUACUAGAGCUCCCCUUGAGACACCUUGGGGACAGGAAUUCCGUGGAAUAAGCACCAAUCCAUACCACAACCAAACAAACAAUGCUAGAGAAAACCAUGUAAACGAAUCUACGCCAGUCCUCGAUAGCCCAACACAAUUCACUAGCUCAUCACUAUCAUCUACUAGUCUAGCUAACCCACACACAGCAGGCCCCGAAAUUCUAUCUCCACCUACGUUGCAUGUACAUGAAGAGGUGCACACGCAAGAGAAUCUGGACAUACAGUACUCAGUUGACCUGUUGCCAGAUUCCAGAAAUACAAACCAAGUAAGACAGGAGAGGAACACAAGUUAUCCAAAUAAUACACAGACGAACAUGAACCUGGAGACCUCUUCACUUCGACGUCGGAAUAGAGAUCAGCUUGAUGUAUCAGGAGAUGAUGAUAAUCCCCACAGAAACGUGUACGUUACACUUCCAAGACGGCAAAAUGCUCUAUUUUUAGGUCCGGGUGGCUUGGGAGAUGAAAGAUCACUAGCAGUGAUGAGAGGAGCAUUAGCAGCUUGUAAAAGGGUUCCAUCCAAAGAGACAAUAGCUUCACUUGAAAUUGUCAACCUAGAUAACCUUAAGGCAACUGAUCGUACAUGUAUAAUAUGUUACAAUGAAUUCGGCAUUGAGAAUCCUGAAGGCCAGAGUGAGACCCCUCUUCGCUUACCUGUGUGCAAACAUUUAUUUGGCGACAAAUGCAUUCGAAAAUGGUUUGAAAACUCUGAUAGUUGCCCUUACUGUCGAAGUAAACUACCCUCUGAAUUAUCUAUGACAAAGACCCUUGGGCUUGAGGCAUUUCGAACGGCUCGAGAAAGAAUGAAUUCUCUGAACCGAAGAGUCAGGAUUGAAAGUGUUAUGUCGUCAAGAAAUCACUCUAUAGAAAGAUUAGCAGUAGCAAGAUCUUCAAAUAUGGCAGGAUCACGAACCACGUUAGAAUACGAGCAGACAACUAGUGGAGAACCAUCGUGGGGAAAUCAUCCUAAUUUUCGUUCAUCUAUAGCUGACUCCCUAGAAAGAAGGCGUUUAGUCCGAGGUAGAACAGGCAGCAAUAGAAUUUUACAUUCGAUAGGCCGAACGAACUCUAAUGGCUCCGGAAGAGCAAUUACAUUUAAUGGGCAGCUUCCUCCAUACUUUCAAACAAAUAGUCAAGGUACAGGAGUAUUUCAUAUUAACAAUACAAAUGUAUCUACUCCGGAAGAGCCGGUGUUUACUUUUAGUUGGGGAGAAGUAAGUGGAUCAAAUUCCCAGAUACCAUCUCAAAAUUGGCGGCCCAAUAUAUCUGGAACAACACGUUCAACUUCUCCCGAAAUCGGGCCUUCUUUUGGGAAUUCAGGAUCUAGUGUAGUUGAGGCGACGAGAAUCAGUCAGCUAGAACGCCUCAAUGAGGUGAGAAAUGAGAUGCGACGUAGCCUAGAUGACGUCUCCAACUCACUACUAUCCGAUUUGAACACCAACUCUGCGCUUCAACACGAACAUGUAGAAACCGACUCUCAAUUUCUAGACCAGAACUCAAUCCAGAAUACUACUCGAACUUUUCCACCCAUAUCAUUGGGUCCAGUCAUAGACAGUAGUAAUCAAUUAGACCAUACAUCGGCGUCUAUUGCGCGAUCACUCCAACGCCAUAACGCUGAGAAUACAGAAGCUUCUUACAUAAAUACUGGGCAUCAAGCCUUGACUCGAUGGCCAAGAUAG